GCUAGUUUCCGGUCAGGUUCACAACUGCAGCUGUUUGUUGAUGGUCGCAUAGCUAGCUAGCCAGUCUCUACUGCUAUGUCAAUAUUUUUGAUUUAGCUAGCUAAAGCAAACCAUUUUUACGAAGAAAAUGAGUUCCGAAGGGAAUCGACACGGGACAAAAAGACCUGGCUCUCCAAAUGAAGAUGGACCUACUCCAUGGGCAGCUGCAGAUCUGGGGGACAACGAGAGAAAGCAGAAGUUUUUGCGGUUGAUGGGUGCAGGGAAGAAAGAACACACUGGACGUCUAGUCAUUGGAGAUCACAAAUCAACAUCCCAUGUCCGCAGUGGGGCGGAGGACCGGAGGAUGAACUCUGAGCUGGAGCUGCAGUACCAGCAGGGGCUGGACGGGAAGCUGUCGGGCAGGAACAGGAGACACGUUGGACUGGGCUUUAGCGAGCCUGACCCAGCCCCACCUCCACCACCCGUAGAGGGCCAAAGCAAGGCAGAGCAACCAGCCAGUCCCAAAGCCCCAGACAGCCCCUCAGAACCCCAGGGCUCACCAGACAAACCCCCCUCACCAAGCCCAGAGGACAGGAGGACAGAGGACAGGAGGACAGACAAGAAUGAGGACAAGAAACACACCUUCAAAAUGGCCUUUGUGAAGUCGUCCUAAGACUGGGAGAAAAACAGAAAGUCACCUUUUUCUAAAAUCGAACCACAGAUUUGUACAUAAGUUGUUAUUUUGUGUCUCUGCAGUACUCCCAAGGUGAUACAUGGUAACUUUGUGGUUUAAGAUGUAUUUUAUGUUUCAAUGCUGAGCAGCAAAGCAGCAGUGUACUGCUGAAGGAGGUAACAAUCAUUGAUUGAGCCCGACUUCCCCUGUUGUUUCCUUGUCGAUUUUUGUUAGGAAUUCCUAACUGGAAGAGGGACUGUUGGAAUGGUUCUGUGUUAAAUGGGACUAUAGAUAUUCUACUGUCCAGUUGAAUGUCUCAUGAGUUAUAAAAUGUACUUAAACUACAAAUUAAAUAUCAAUAAACUGAAGAACCACA